AUGGAGAAUUAUCUAAUCCCCUGGAAACCACUCUACUUGAAGAAAGGGCCUUAUCACUCUCAAGUGGAACAGGUUAUCAGAACCAAAGCUGACCGAGAAAAACUUACGAAAUUUGAAGUCUAUAAAUCUACCGAAAGCUUCAAUUUUUCCAAGCGUAAUGUUGUUUACACUCCACGGAGUUUUGUUUUGUGUCAAACAGAAAAUGAGUGUGUGGGUUUAUUUGUUUGUGUUCAAGGGUUCUGCAAUGGUUAA